UCAUUCAGGGAGCUGAACUUGGUCAGAGAUGAGCAGUACAGUCUUCUGGAGCUGAUCCAUGUUUUCUAUCCAACAUUACAGAGCGUCACAGCAGAGCAGCUCACUGUGUUUAAUCUUUUGUUCAUCUUUGAUGGCCUGGAUGAAAGCAGAUUUUUGUUGGAUUUUACCAACAUGAAGCUUGUGUCUGAUGUCACACAGAAGUCAUCAUUCAGUGAGCUGCUGACAAAUCUCAUCGAGGGAAAUCUGCUUCCCUCUGCUCUCAUCUGGAUAACUUCCCGACCUGCAGCAGCCAAUCAGAUUCCUCCUAAAUGUGUUGACAGGGUAACAGAAGUACGAGGCUUCACUGAUGCCCAGAAGGAGGAGUACUUCAGGAGGAGAUUCAGUGAUGAAGAUCUGUCCAGCAGAAUCAUCUCCCACAUGAAGACAUCCAGGAGCCUCCACAUCAUGUGUAGAAUCCCAGUGUUCUGCUGGAUCACUGCUACAGUUCUGGAGCACAUGUUGACUACAGAGGAGAAAGCAGAGCUGCCCAAGACCCUGACUGACAUGUACUCACACUUCCUGCUGGUUCAGACAAAGAGGAAGAAAAACAAAUACCAUGAGGGACAUGAGAAUUUGUUUGUUGAGACAAGUCCACAGGUGCUGACGGAGGCCGACAGGGAAGUUCUUCUGAAGCUGGGGAGGCUGGCAUUUGAACAUCUGGAGAAAGGAAAUAUCAUGUUCUACCAAGAAGACUUGAAGCAGUGUGGUCUGGAUGUUUCAGAGGCCUCGGUGUACUCAGGAGUUUGUACAGAGAUCUUCAAAAAGGAGUUUGGAAUCUUCCAGAAACCAGUUUACUGCUUUGUUCAUCUGAGCAUCCAGGAGUUUCUGGCUGCUGUCUACGUGUUCCACUGUUACACCAAUAAGAAGACAGAGGUGCUGCAGGACUUCCUAGGAAAAGAAAACAGUGAGAAUUUGCAGAAAAAUACUAAUGGACGUGAUAACAAAUAUGAUAGUGAUGAAGAUGAA